GAAGCACGACAUCAUCAUGAGCGUAGAAUCCAAGAAAACACGUGAGGCAUGCUGCUCCAAGCUUAAGCUCUUCCUGGCCUCCCUGGCAUUUGUAUAUUUUGCCAAAGCCUUUGCUGGAGCUUACAUGAAGAGCUCCAUCACACAGAUUGAAAGACGGUUUGAUAUCCCAAGCUCCCUGAUUGGUGUUAUAGAUGGCAGCUUCGAAAUGGGCAACCUGCUCAUCAUCGCCUUUGUGAGCUACUUUGGUGCCAAGCUCCAUCGUCCCAGACUGAUUGGAAUUGGUUGUCUGAUCAUGGCUGUGGGAUCCUUCCUUGUAGCCCUGCCUCACUUCUUCCAGGGACUGUAUAAAUAUGAGACCAGUAUGUCUCACAAAGCUGUUGUCAACAGCACUGAGAGCAUCCUGCCCUGUCUGUCCAACCACAGCAUGACUGAUGCAGAUGACACACUUGAUGCAGAGACCAAAUUAGAGUGUGAAAAGGCUGCUGGUUCACCCAUGUGGAUCUAUGUAUUCUUGGGAAACAUACUGCGAGGAAUUGGAGAGACUCCCGUCAUGCCACUGGGAAUUUCCUAUCUGGAUGACUUCUCCAGAGAAGAGAACACCCCUUUUUAUUUGGCCUGCAUCCAUACAGUAGGAAUCUUGGGACCUAUGUUUGGCUACAUGCUUGGGUCCUUCCUUUCCAAGAUUUAUGUGGACACUGGAUUUGUGGAUUUAGACACCAUCACCAUCACCUAUAAGGACUCCCGCUGGGUGGGAGCCUGGUGGCUGGGCUUCAUAGUGACUGGCACAGUGGUUCUACUGUCUAGUAUCCCUUUUUUUUUCCUUCCAAAGUCUUUACCCAAGCAAGGGCAAGAGCAAGAGCAAAUUCAAAGCAAAAGCACAGAGCUUGCAACAAAGACAGAGCAGGAACAAUUCCUGCCAGAGGAAACCCAGGAGAAACCCGUCAAAUUUCAAGAAAUGGCUAAAGAUUUCAUUCCAUCUCUGAAACGACUCUUCAGAAACAAAAUCUUCUCGCUGAUUAUCCUUACCUCCCUCGUGGCUGUCAACGGCUUUAUUGGCCUGAUCACCUUCAAGCCAAAGUACAUAGAGCAAGUCUACGGCCAGUCAGCCACCAAAGCCAUUUUCCUCAUAGGUAUAUUUAACCUGCCAGCGGUAGCUCUGGGUUUCAUCACUGGAGGUUUUGUGCUGAAGCGUUUCAAGUUGGGUAUUAUCGGAGCAGCCACGGUGGCAAUUAGUGCUUCUUUGGGGUCGUUUUGCCUGCUUGCCAUUCAGAUUUUCGUCCAGUGUGACAAUGCAGAGGUGGCCGGUCUCACCAUGUCAUAUCAGAGAGCCCCUCAAGUGUCCUACAACCCACAGACUUUGCUGUCACAGUGCAAUGGACAUUGCUUCUGCUCAGUGAAGCACUGGGACCCGGUCUGUGCAUACAACGGCAUGACUUAUGCCUCACCCUGCCUGGCCGGCUGCCAGACCUCCAGCGGAAUGGGCAAAGAAAUGGGUUUUCAUAACUGCACCUGCAUUAAUGAGGCAGGACCAGCCGCAAACGCAUCUGCAGUGCUGGGCCAGUGUCCCAGGAAGGAUGAUUGUGACAUAAAAUUUAAAAUCUACAUGGCAUUGUCUGUAAUUGGGUCGUUCAUUUCUGCCUGUGGAGGAACGCCAGGAUACAUUGUUCUGCUCAGGUCUAUACAACCAGACUUGAAGUCACUGGCUUUGGGUAUGCAGACACUGAUCGUAAGAACUCUGGGUGGCAUCCCUCCACCUAUAUAUUUUGGAGCAAUGAUUGACCGAACCUGUUUGAAGUGGGGUACAAAGCAUUGUGGUGGCCGUGGAGCAUGCAGACUCUAUAAUGCUAAUGCGUUUAGAGUUACAUACCUAGGAAUGAUUACUGGACUCUACUUCUUGACCAACACACUAUGGGGCUACCUCUACUACAACAUUGUCAAGAAACAGAAGAAAAUAGCACUGAAGAAUCAGUCCAAAGAAAAUGGACAGGAGAGUAAUGCAGUGGCCAAUGGACAUGCCAAUAUCAACAUUGCAGACAAAGAAGACAUGGGCAUGGAGUGCACUAUUUAA